AGCGUAAGCGGCAAAAGGGAGGCAGCUGUGGCGAGUCCUUCCUUUUCCGGCUGGGGCCGAGGUGGUGAGAGAACCUGUGCGGGGGGCUCCUCCGCUAGUCGCCAUCAUGGCAUGUACUCGUCCAUUAGUGUCGGUAUACUCUGAAAAGGGGGAAGUGUCGGGUAAAAAUGUCACCAUGCCUGCUGUAUUCAAGGCUCCCAUUCGCCCAGAUAUUGUGAACUUUGUUCACACCAAUUUGCGGAAGAACAACAGGCAGCCCUAUGCUGUCAGCGAGCUUGCAGGGCAUCAGACCAGUGCUGAAUCUUGGGGUACUGGAAGAGCAGUUGCUCGUAUCCCAAGGGUUCGUGGAGGUGGAACUCAUCGAUCCGGCCAGGGUGCUUUUGGCAAUAUGUGUCGUGGAGGUCGCAUGUUUGCCCCGACCAAGACUUGGCGACGCUGGCACCGUAGGGUGAAUGUAACUCAGAAGCGCUAUGCCAUCUGCUCUGCUCUGGCAGCUUCAGCCCUUCCGGCGCUUGUUAUGUCAAAAGGCCACCGCAUUGAGGAGAUUCCAGAACUUCCCUUGGUAGUUGAAGACAAAGUCGAGGGCUACAAGAAAACUAAGGAAGCUGUUCUGCUGCUUAAGAAGCUGAAAGCCUGGAAUGAUAUCAAAAAGGUCUAUGCCUCUCAGCGUAUGCGUGCAGGCAAGGGUAAAAUGAGGAACCGCCGUCGCAUCCAGCGCAGGGGACCCUGCAUUGUCUACAGUGAGGACAAUGGCAUCAUAAAAGCUUUCAGGAAUAUCCCAGGGAUUACUCUUCUUGAUGUCAACAAGUUGAACCUUUUGAGGCUUGCUCCUGGUGGCCAUGUUGGACGUUUCUGCAUUUGGACUGAAAGUGCUUUCCGCAAGUUGGAUGAUUUGUAUGGCACUUGGCGCAAGUCGGCCACCCUGAAGAGUGACUACAACCUGCCAAUGCACAAGAUGACCAAUACAGAUCUUGGAAGAAUUCUGAAAAGCCAAGAGAUCCAGAAGGCCCUACGUGCACCAAAGAAAAAGAUUCACCGCAGAGUUCUUAAGAAGAAUCCACUGAAGAAUUUGAGAGUUAUGAUUAAACUGAAUCCAUAUGCCAAGACUAAGAGGCGCGACACCAUUCUGCGCCAUGCGAAGAAUCACAAGCUCAGAGAAGAGAAAGCCGCAAAGGGGAAAGCAAAGGUUCAGGCUGCAGCUGCAAAGACUGAAACUGCAGCAUGAAUAGAAGAAGCUUCAGUGCUUGUUUGCUUCAGUGCUGAAAAGGGCUGUACUGUGGAUUACAGUUAAUAAAAAACAAAUCUAUCCAGA